AACCAACCCCACUCAUGGGGAGCCCCAUUUGAGGAGAGAGAGUGUAUAUGGGGAGGGUAAUUUAUGCCAUUGGAGGUGCUCUCAAGAGUUCGCGUACGAUUUAGAGGACAUCUUAGACGAAUUUGCUACAGAUGCUCGACUUAAGGAGUUGAAUGAUGAGCCACAGGAACAUCAACCCCAAUCUUCUUCUUCUCCUUUCAGUAAGGUACAGAGCUGUCUUUCUUGUGGUUUCCCAGCUUUAAAUAAGAAGAGUGCAAAGUAUUCAACUAGCAUUGAAGAGAUGAGCAAUCGCUUGGAAGAUCUUCUGGACCAAGUAAGGUCUUUGGCUCUCUCACCGCAGAUACACUCAAGGGUAGAGCAACAUGAAGAACGGAGGGAAACAUCAUCUAUGAUACGGGAGCCAGUUGUAUAUGGGAGGGACAAUGAGAAAAAUCAGAUAAUCCAAAGAUUAUUAAAGACAGAUGAGCCAUUUUGUGAAAAUUACAAUGUAAUUCCUAUUGUUGGAACAGGAGGCAUUGGGAAGACGACCCUCGCUCAGGCUGUAUACAAUGAUGAGCAGGUGAAGGCUCAUUUUGAUGUAAAAGCAUGGGUGUGCAUCUCCGAUGAGUUUGAUGUCAAACAAGUGACAACAAGCAUUAUCACUUCAGCCACUCAUGAUAUAUGUAAUUUCGGUGUUCUAGAUGAGGCACAAGAUCAAUUAAAGAACUUGCUUUUAGACAAAAGAUUCUUGAUCGUUCUUGAUGAUAUCUGGAGUGAUAAAUAUGAUCCUUGGGACCAACUUCAAACCCCUUUUUCAUCAGCGAAGAAGGGAAGUAGAGUUCUAAUCACGACCAGAAUGGAGACGGUGGCAAAGAACAUGGUUAAAAGACCAGAUGAAAUCCCCAUCAUCAAGUUAAAGGUUUUAUCUGAUGAUGAUUGUUGGCUUCUCUUUCAAAAGCAUGCAGUCGUAGAUGAAGACCUCAUUGUGAUGCAGAAGGACUUGGUUGGGUUGUUCAAAGGAUUGCCUUUGGCUGCAAAAGCUCUAGGAGGUCUCCUAAGGAGAGAGCGUAAGAGUAAUUGGGCAAGGAUAUUAAAGAGCAAUAUUUGGAGUGAAGAAGGUGGUGUUCUGCCAGUCUUGAGGCUUAGUUAUCAUCAUCUCCCACAAAACCUAAAACGUGCCUUUGCUUAUUGUUCUAUAUUCCCGAAAGAUUAUACAUUCGAGGAGAUGGAUGUUGUAUUAAUGUGGAUAGCAGAAGGCUUGCUGCCAGAGCACGACAAGGAGUGCAAGGAAGACAUUGGUCGUGACUAUAUUCUUGAUCUAGUAUCAAGAUCAUUGUUUGAACCAAGUCCAAUGUAUAUGGAUGGAUAUUUCAUUAUGCAUGACCUAAUCCAUGACCUAGCUCAAUGGGCUGCUGGUGAAGUCUGUUGCACAAUGAAUAUCCAAAAACUUUCUUCCAGCACACGUUAUUGGUCUUUCUCUGAAGAAAUAUUAGAAGAUCGAACCUGGGCUUCAAAGAAACUUGUCCAGGUACGAUCAUUUGCUUUUUUUGGUGCAGUAGAUGUUCCUAUUCCUAUGCAGCUGCUAGAUUCCAUUUUCCAUCAGUUUCAAUACUUACGCUUGUUGUCUAUGCAUGAGGCGGGAAUAAUUGAGUUACCAAAUAGUAUUGGUAGUCUGAAACACUUGAGACUUCUUGACCUCUCAGAAAAUAGAGAACUAACUAGAUUGCCAAAGUCCACUAGCAAGCUUUGCAAUCUCCAGACACUUGUUGUGAAAGGUUGUUCGUCUCUUUGGCACAUUGUCCCUAAUGUUGCCCCUUUAAUUGAACUUCAGCACCUUGAUUUUUCUGAUUGUGAUUCACUGGAGGAGAUGCCGCUAGGUAUUGGAAAAUUAACAAAGUUGCAGACAUUGAAGGGAUUUACUUUGAGAAGAGAGUCUGGGACAAAAAUAAGUGAAUUGAAGAACUUGAAAUGCCUCCAUGGGUCACUGGACAUCCAUGGCCUAGAGAAUGUGUUUAGUAGUGAAGAAGCACAAGCAGCAAGGUUGCACGAAAAGACAGGCCUUGAUAAGUUGGAAAUGUAUUGGGGAGAUAAUACCCAUGAUGUUGAUGACAACAUUAAAAAAGAUGUAGUUGAUCGAUUACAGCCUCCGGAAUCCAUCAAAGAAUUAAAGUUGAAAGGGUACGACGGCUUAACAUUCCCUGCUUGGUUGGGAAAUCCUUGUUACACUAAUAUGGUUUUCAUAAAAUUAGAGAAUUGUAAGAGAUGUGAAUUCUUACCAGCAUUAGGGCAGCUGCCCUCAUUAAAGAACAUCAUAAUAGAAGGGAUGGAUGAUAUUAAGACUGUAGGCCCUGAAUUUUACGGCAAUAAUGAUGGUUGUUCAAACCUGUUUCCUGCAUUGAAAAGUCUACUAUUCUAUAGAAUGGGGGUUGGGAGGAGUGGUUGGCCCCAUCAGAUGACAAUAGCAAUGCAUUUCCCUUUCCCUGCCUUGAAUAUAUGAACAUAACUGAAUGUCAAAUGUUGCGGGGUAACUUACCUUCAAACCUCCCAUCCCUAAAAGAGUUGUCCAUUGUAUCAUGCAAAGAGUUGAGAUUGUCACUUCCAAGCUGCCCUUUGCUCCAGACAUUGCAUGUAAUGUUGUGUGAUGUUAUUAUUGCUGAUUGUUUGCCCUCAACUCUUGAGACAUUGAAUAUCUGGCACUCCAAAAUAGAGCAGCCAAUUCAAGAGUGGAAACUUCACCUCCUUACUUCUCUUAAAUCUCUUUCACUCGAAAACAUAGGCAGAGCCGCAGAUACAAUAGAGCAUAUUCCCCAACCAUAUUUUCAUCUUCCCUCUUCCUUGUCUUACUUAUGUAUCUCGGAUUUCAAUAAUUUGAAAUCCUUGUCAUGCUCUACCCUUCCCAACCUUACUCAAAUUCAAAUCUUCAAUUGUGAGAAGCUGGAAUCAUUGGGUGUCGAUUUCCCACCACCCAAGCUUCAGAAAGCGUCAUUUAUUAAAUGCCCUCUGAUUUAUCAACGAUGCAAACGGGAUCCCCAUGGACUUAUUGUUUUUGAUAGUAUGGAUGAUAAAUACAAAUAUUCGUACAUUUGAAGAUUCCAGUUUUCAUUCCCUGGAGAUUGAGUUGGAGGUGGAGUUUUGGGUUUUUUUUUUUCAUUUUCUUUAGUUUGUUUGUAUGAAACCAGAAUAUAUUCAAGGAAUUGUCAUAUGAUCUGGGCUUGUUUUUUUUUUUUUUUUUUUCUCAUGACACGUAAAUAUAGGUUUGUUUGGUUAUCCAAUAUCCCAAGUGUGAUGUGUGAAUGUGGGAACGCAUGUUUUGUUUACAUCUUUUAUUUUCAUUUUUCAUAAUAUCAAGAUAUCAUCGAUUUCUUUUCAUUUGGUAAAACGUACAUCGAUUGCUUGUUUGGUUCAA